AUGACAGGAUUAUUGUUUGUUAUACUUGUCAUAACUCACACGGUCGCAGGAUCGCGACUAUCCGCGACCAAUGAGAAUCGAGUAAGAAGAUUAGUACGAGAUUGGGCACCUUUAGUAUGGCUUGCGCCUGGAGAACGAUUUUUACCGCUCGGUGUAACCGAAUUCCUCGAUAACGUACAAUCGGAUCAGUAUUACCUUCGCACUAGAAUCAGGUGCGGAAAAUCGCUGAUUGACAUUUCAAAUAAUUUUUUGACAGAAUCCUUAUUACAAAAUCGAUCGUCCUUUUUAUAUGGUCGAAGACCGGCUGGAACUGUGCCCGUCUAUGCUCUCGUGAAAAAUUGCAUUUCCAAAGACAUACGGCUACGUGCAGCAAAAAAUAUGCCGAUGCUGAAAACGUCCUUGCUGGAACGAAAUGCUUUUACGUUGAUCCAGGAUCCAGGAUUUUUGGCUCAACGACAGACGAACAGUGUCAGUGAUCUAAGAGCACAAAUUAUAUCGCAAGAACAAAUACGACAGGCGGCAACAGUGCCGCGAUUCGAAAAGGUAAGAGAAGAAAGUGGAUGUCAAAAAGUGCACUUUCACGUGACCUAUUGGAUGUUCUAUCCGUUUAGUGAAGGAAAAACGAUUUGCGUAUUGGAUCUUGGAUUUUUUGGCAGCUGGCCGAUACCUACUAUUGGUGGCGUGUGCAUAGGUACGCUUAAAGAAUAUGGUAGUCACAUUGGAGAUUGGGAACAUAUGAGUCUUUAUUUCAAGGACAACGAAUAUCCUCUGGCAAUGUAUGUAUCAGCACACGAUGCCGGUGCAUUUUAUCAGUAUGAUCCGCGAAAUGGUACUUUCGUCUAUGAGAGUCAAGAAACGAGAAAAGGUCUCUUCCAGAAGCCAACAUUUCCUGAAAAGGUUUAUACCGCUGAUGAUUCACAUCCGAUUUUAUUUAGCGCACGCGGCUCUCACGGACUUUGGACAGCUCCGGGCAAACACAAGUUCGUUCGUGUACCUCGUCUAUACGACGAGAGUGGAUUUGGAACUGCCUGGCCAACAUGGAAAAGAUUGGAGUUGCUCUUGGAAGAGGAUAAUGAGCCUUUACCAGGUUGGAUGACUUUUAAGGGCAAAUGGGGUAAUCCAAGCAGCAAUUGUCAUCCAUUAGCAAGACUAGGUUUUAACAUUUGCGAAUUUGUAGACGGCCCAACUGGAAUUCCUAUGAAAAAAUUCAAUUUUCGAUGUUAAGAUUUACUAUCGCUAAAGUCGAUUAGGUAAAAAGACUGAGACGCGUCGUUUCGAUUCGAAUUUUAAAAUGAUUGUGAUAUAUGGUAU